AAAUCGAGCAAUAGCAGACUACCUUCGUUCCAAUGGCUAUGAAGAGGCUUACUCUGUUUUUAAAAAGGAGGCAGAGUUAGAUAUGAAUGAAGAGUUAGAUAAAAAGUAUGCUGGUCUACUGGAAAAGAAAUGGACAUCAGUUAUCAGAUUACAGAAGAAGGUUAUGGAAUUAGAAUCCAAACUGAAUGAAGCAAAAGAAGAGUUUACUUCUGGGGGACCUAUAGGACAGAAGAGGGACCCCAAAGAAUGGAUACCACGUCCUCCAGAAAAAUAUGCACUUAGUGGUCACAGGAGUCCAGUCACCCGUGUCAUUUUCCAUCCAGUGUUUAGUGUUAUGGUCACUGCUUCGGAGGAUGCAACUAUUAAGGUGUGGGGACUAUGAGACUGGAGAUUUUGAGCGAACACUCAAGGGACACACAGACUCUGUGCAGGAUAUCUCAUUUGAUCACUCUGGCAAGAUGCUGGCCUCCUGCUCAGCUGACAUGACGAUCAAGCUAUGGGAUUUUCAAGGAUUUGAGUGCAUUAGGACCAUGCACGGUAAUUUUUUUCUUUUGUGUCUAGGUCACGAUCACAAUGUUUCUUCAGUAGCUAUAAUGCCUAAUGGAGAUCAUAUAGUGUCAGCCUCAAGGGAUAAAACCAUUAAGAUGUGGGAGGUUCAUACUGGUUAUUGUGUGAAGACGUUCACAGGGCACAGAGAAUGGGUGCGAAUGGUGCGGCCAAAUCAAGAUGGUACCCUAAUCGCAAGUUGUUCUAAUGAUCAGACAGUCCGUGUUUGGGUGGUAGCAACAAAAGAAUGCAAAGCAGAACUUCGAGAACAUGAGCACGUUGUAGAGUGUAUUUCCUGGGCCCCUGAAAGCUCCUAUACUACUAUAUUGGAUGCAACAGGAUCAGAGCAGACCAAGAAGAGCGGUAAGCCUGGACCUUUUUUGCUGUCCGGUUCCAGAGAUAAGACUAUUAAGAUGUGGGAUAUCAGUACUGGCAUGUGCCUAAUGACGCUUGUUGGCCAUGAUAACUGGGUACGUGGCGUCAUGUUUCACCCAGGUGGGAAAUUUAUAUUGAGCUGUGCUGAUGAUAAAAAACCUACGUAUUUGGGACUAUAAGAACAAGCGCUGCAUGAAAACCUUGAAUGCGCAUGAACACUUUGUUACCUCUUUGGAUUUCCACAAGACUGCACCUUACGUGGUCACUGGAAGCGUAGAUCAAACAGUAAAAGUGUGGGAGUGCCGUUGA